AUGUCUAUGUGUAUCAACUGUGGGAAUGCAUUUGAGGUAAAGGCAAAAGGAUAUAAGAGACAUUCUCUUGUGAAACAAGUUGGUAAAGUAGAGUGUGUCAAGGAUGCACUGGAUGAAGUAUAUGAAACAAACCUGACACCCCUAGGCCACAAGAAAUUAACAUUUGUGAAAAGAGUCAUUCUUGCUGUUAAGAGACAUGAUUAUGAGUCUGCUAUUAGCAUUCUGUAUCACAGAAGUGCUCGUGUACGGAAACAAAUUGCUACUGUUAUAAGCAACAAGCUUUUCAAGUGCUUCCAGCAUGUUGGUAUUUGUUUGGGCGUAAAUGGAACACGUGGCACAAUAGACAGAAUGAGAAAAAACUUUGACAAAGAAAUGUAUGACAUGAAAAGCAAGAUAGAGGAAGAACUAAGAGAUGAUGCUCCUAAUAUCAGUAGUGAUGAUGGUGACAUAGAUGUUGCAUUUGAUAAUAUGGACAGUAGGCCUAAUGUUCAUACAACGGAUGGUGUAACUACCAUUCCUCUUCAAGAGUUAAUGACUAGUCCUACUACUAGCAGUGAAAGUGAUUGUAGUGCCAGUGAAAGUGAAAUUUCCAUUACUUCUGCAAGCAGUGAUGAUAAAUCUACAGAGGAGGGUGGUGUUAGUUACAGACGUUCUCUCUUUGGACCAGACACAGGUCCUGGAUACAGUCUGUGCUGGGACAAUGUCCAGAAACUAAGUUUAUCUCGGUAUCAUACAUCGUCUAAACAGAACAAAUUUUUAAUGUGGGCGAUGUGUUUUGCUACACAGAACAGAGUACCUGCUAUGCAUUUAAAUGAUGAAAAACGAGAGCUGGCUACAACAAUUCCAUUGAAUUAUUUCCUUCCCUCUCAAGAGGAUUGGGAUGCCCUUGAAAAACGUAUGGGAGUUGUUGUUUCAAGGAUAAUCUGCAAACAUCUCACACAUUUUAAGAGCUAUUAUUCUGAUUGUGUAGUGGAACAUAUUAUUCAUGAACAGUCUGAGUUAUCUAAGAAGAAAAGUAAAGUGAUAAAUUUAGGAGUAGUGCAAGAAAACCCAGGGAGUAGCAAAGGGGUGCUUGCAAUAAUGAAACACCUGAAAAAGUAUGUGCCAAUGCAGCCAGAUGGAACCCCAUAUACUAUACUGUGUAAUGGUGAUCAACAGUCAGUUGAAAGAAUGAUUGAUGCCCGCAUAUCUAUGGCUGCUAGUGAAGACCCAGCUAAUAGGCUAGCUGGACUUGAACCGGCUCCACAGGAGUUUCAUAGACGUGGCAUUGUAUUACAAGACAUCAUGGAUAAGAUGUAUAAUGCUAAAAGUGCUGGCAGUAAAGGCACUUUAUACAAUAUAAAGACUGUUUUUAAACACAAAAAUGUGAAAACCAAAGUAAUGGAUAACAUGAAUGAAGUGACAGAUUUAUUAACAUUCACUACUGAGGGAUUGGUGUCACUGCUUUGCAUCAAACUGUUGGGAUUAGAUGAUAUUGAUGACAAACCUGCAAAUUCUCCUUGUGAAGAAAGGAAAGAGUUGAGACAACAAUACCUACAGACUGUAUCAAAGAAUGUAGUUACACAUGUGUGGCCCGUUAUAGAUACUUGUUCUAUUUCACAAGCUGCUAAUAGUGAUGAUGAAGAAGAUGCAAGAGUAUUCUGCAUAUGUGACCCAGAUGAAGGUGUGGAUUGUGAAACCUGGAUUGAAUGUUCCGCUGGCAAAAGUUGUGCAUUAGGAAGGUGGUACCACAUUGAAUGUGUAAAUUUAGAAGAAGAUAACCUUCCAGGAGAAGAUGAAGAGUGGUGGUGUUCACCAGACUGUGAAAAAAGUGUUUCAUUUUGUUGUAAGGUGUAUCAACCUGGUAUAGAAGUUGUUAAAUGUAUGGCCGGUAAUAACUGUCUGAAUGGUGAACGUUUUCAUGUUGACUGCAAAGGAUUAGUUGAGUUGCCAGUUGAUGACUGGUAUUGUUCAGUUGCCUGUUACAAGUAUAAAGAAGCAUCAGAUAAAAAGGAUCACAUUGCAGAGUACACCACUGCAUUGACCUGGAAAGGUUUGAAGUAUUUCUGUGAAAAAGAUUCGGAAAGAGAAAAUGAUGGUGAGGCAAUGAUGCGGACCUGGAGAAUCAAUAUGAUUGAUUUUUGGUCAAACAAUCACUACAAGUAUCUUAUACUUGGGCACAGAUUAUUGGCAGGCAUAAAUGGUUGGAUGACACAAAGAAUUAGCCAUGAACUAAAGUAUAACAGGACUGCAAAUUUGACAGGUGGAGCUGGACAUAAUAUUCCAUUAGAUUUGGUAAAUGAAUUCCUAAAUAAUGAAUUCAAAGAUAACUUGAAGCACACACAUGGACAGUACAGUGAUUCUCAAGUUGCACGUACCAGUCAAUUGGUCGGGAAUCUGGGCUCUAAGAUGGACCAAGCCUAUUUUUCUAAGGUCAUUGACAUUCAUAUUUCAAGGACAAGAGCAUCCAAAGAAUCUUAUGUAGAUGAUGUUAGGAAAUUUAUUUUAACAUACAGACAUGAUGGCCUUUUUGAUGUAGUGGAUGGCAGGCGGCAUAAAGAUUUUCCUGACUUUGAAAACAAAAUCACAAUAGAAAUGCCACAGAAAUUAAGAACCAGAUUGCACAAAUAUUCUACAAAUUUAGAUGCUGAAAGAAGUUGUCUCCCAACUGAGUAA